AUGGACUCAUCAUCUCUGGUGUUGGGUCUCGACCCAACUCAGUCACAGCCGUUCUUCCCACCCAAACCCUACUUGUCAUCACUACUCAGCGCCGUCGAGUUGGCUUGUAACUACUCUUUAGACAACCCCUUCGAGUUGUUUUGUGACCCUGGAUUUGUUGAGCCGCCUAUCCAUGAAAACCAAGCUUCCAAUUCCCCUGUUUUUAUAAACAGAGCACAAGGUGGGCUGGUGGAGUUCAACGGAUUAAACCCACUACCAGAAACAGUUGAGUUUGAUUUAGGAUCCGAUUCUAUGACCCAUUUGCUUCAAAAUAGUGGUGGCGCAGCCAUCGACGGUGGUUUUAGUGCAUUGGGCUCACAGUCUUUUGAUGGUUAUCGGGAUCCUUCGUUUCUAAAUAGAGAUAAUGGAUUGAGACCUCUAGAAACUUUGCCUGCUUCUGGUUCGCAAAUUCCUCCUGUGGUUGACCGCGAUAAGGGCAAAAGGCCGGUGGAGGAAGAGCAAGGGAUGUUGUGGAAGGAGCACAACACUGGAGAGGGUGAGAUGGACGAAAUUGAUAGCUCGAGUUUGAUUUCUGAUUCUGAUAUCCAAACAGAGGAUUACAAGGUAGAGGGAGAUGCAAAUAAUGGCGGGGAUAAUUCGAAGGACAAUACUUCAGUAAUCACCGGAAAUAAGAAAGACAAGAAGAAGGGACUACCGGCAAAAAAUCUUAUGGCAGAGAGGCGGCGGAGAAAGAAGGUUAAUGAUAGGCUUUACAUGCUGAGGUCUGUUGUCCCAAGGAUUAGCAAGAUGGAUAGAGCCUCCAUCCUUGCCGAUGCCAUUGAAUAUUUGAAUGAGUUACUACAGAGAAUCAAGGACCUCAACGACGAAAGGCAGUCAACACCACCCGGUUCUUCACUGCAGUCUUCUGCAAGCUUUCUUCCAUCGACACCCACUGCACCUACUCCGCCGUACUACAUCAAGGAAGAGCACAACGGAAACUCGUUGCCAAGUCCCAAUUAUCAGCAACCUAGGAUUCAUGUCGAGGUAAGAGAAGGGAAUGAGUUCAAUAUCCACAUGUUUUGUACUCGUAGACCUGGUCUCUUGCUCUCCACUAUGAUGGCCUUGGAUAACCUUGGGCUAGAUGUUCAACAAGCGGUUAUCAGUUGUUUCAAUGGGUUUGUCAUGGAUGUUUUCAAAGCCGAGAAAUGCAAGGGAGAUCUGGACGUACAAAGUGGCCAAAUAAAAGCAGCACUCUUGGAUACAGCCGCCUUCCAUGGUUUGAUAUAGCUUUGUUGAUACGAGAGACUAGGAAAUAGAGGAUCGCGGUGAUUUAUUCUCAAGUCUUCUGUAAAACCAUUCUCUCUUACACCACGGCCUUAACAAAUGAUAAUUGUGAAAAGUCAUUAUCUCUCACUAUUAAAUGGCACCCCACCUUACCUU